AUGUCGGGAAAUUCAACGAAUUGUCUCACACGCACUACCAUAAAACCCAACUCGACUACACUUGCUGGUAUCGCAGCUUGUCAAGCGGCUGCCAACACAGCGUUUUGCUACCCACCAAAUGGAACUAGGAUAUGUGUACCGGAAGUAGAAAUACCGUUCUAUUGGCCAGCAUCCUACUACCCCCCCGGCUCCGGCCUGGCUGUAAGCUUCGACAAUUUCUCCACCUUCUACGGCAACACAGGGAAUCGCACAGAAAACUUCAUGCUGUACGUAUACAACUUCAUAGCCACCAACAUUUCCGGCGUGCAGAAUGAGAAAACAAUUCAGAUGUCCAUCCGCGAACGCCACUUCGAUAAUAAAAAAGAUCCCUUCAAUCUAAAGAAACAUGAUGGUCCUACGCUCAUCCUAGUCAAGACGGCGGAGACGCUUGCAUCGAGGACAAGCACGAGCGACAUUAGCUGGGCUACAGCAACGAGGAGGCCUCGUUAUAAGACCUCUAAUGAGCCAACAUUAUCCCCCGGAGGUAUUGUGGGUAUCCUGAUUGGCGUCGUUUUUGGUAUUGUGGCGCUUAUCUGGUGUUUUCGUAGUUUCUGUUGUGCGGCACGUGAGAGGGCUAGUAUCGAUAGGAAAGAGCAGGCACGUAUUGUAGGGCAGGGCUCUGAGCUGAUGUUUCAAGGAGGUGUUGCCGCAAGGAGAGGAAUAGGUCAAUGUCAAGUUGUGAGUCCGAGGAAUGGGCUGUUGGACAGUAGAAGUGGCCCGGAGGACUUCCCUAGAGUGGAGGAGGCGAGGAUUUGGCAAAGACGAGGGGAUAUCGAGAGGACUUGUGAGGAAGAUCCACCGCCGAAGUAUACGCCUUGA